UGUAAAGUGUUCCCGGCCGCCAGGCGGGGCGGAACUCCACGCCCCCUCCCUCAACGUCGCGGGACGCCCCCUGCCGGCUGCCCUGUCUCUGGCGCGCGUGGAGCAUCCGCACACAGCCCGGCCGUUUUGCCUCCAGUCCUGUUUGGCCCCGGCUGCGCGCCGUAGAGGGCUCAGUGCAUUGCCAUAGAAACCCAUGAGCGCUGAGGGGCGAGCGGAGAAGACCUCGGGAUCCUGAGGACCGGAGCGCCAUGUCUUUUCGCGACCUCCGCAACUUUACAGAGAUGAUGAGAGCCUUGGGAUACCCUCGACAUAUUUCUAUGGAAAAUUUCCGCACACCAAAUUUUGGACUUGUAUCUGAAGUGCUUCUCUGGCUUGUGAAAAGGUAUGAACCUCAGACUGACAUCCCUUCUGAUGUUGAGACUGAACAAGACCGAGUUUUCUUCAUUAAGGCAAUUGCCCAGUUCAUGGCCACUAAGGCACAUAUAAAACUCAAUACUAAGAAGCUUUAUCAAGCAGACGGGUAUGCAGUGAAAGAACUAUUGAAGAUCACCUCUGUCCUUUAUAAUGCUAUGAAGACCAAAGGUAUGGAGGACUCUAAAAUAGGAGAGGAAGAUAUCAGCAAAUUCAAGUUUGACCUUAGCUCAAAGAUUGCAGAUUUGAAAGCAGCCAGGCAGCUUGCUUCUGAAAUCACUUCCAAGGGAGCAUCUCUGUAUGACUUGCUGGGCAAGGAGGUGGAGUUGAGGGAACUGAGAACAGAAGCAAUUGCCAGACCUCUGGAAAUAAAUGAGACUGAAAAAGUGAUGAGAAUUGCAAUAAAAGAUAUUUUGGUGCAGGUUCAGAAGACGAAAGACCUGCUCAAUAAUGUGGCCUCUGAUGAAGCUAACCUAGAAGCCAAAAUUGACAAGAAGAAAUUAGAGCUGGAAAGAAAUCGGAAGCGACUCCAGACUCUGCAGAGUGUCAGGCCAGCCUUUAUGGAUGAAUAUGAGAAGACUGAGGACGAAUUGCAAAAGCAGUAUGACAUUUAUCUAGAGAAAUUUCGAAAUCUGGCUUAUCUGGAACAGCAACUCGAUGAUCAUCACAGGAUGGAGCAAGAGAGGUUUGAGGAAGCUGAAAACACUCUCCGUCUGAUGCAGAACAAGCUAAAGGAGGAAGAAAAGCGACUGCUCAAGAGCAGAAGUAAUGAUGACUCUGACAUUGACAUCCAGGAGGACGAUGAAUCCGACAGUGAACUAGAAGAGAGACGGCUGUCCAAGCCACGGACAGCCAUGGAGGCGCUCUUGCAAGGACGACCCAGCAAACGCGUCGUGGGCACAAUGCAAGGUGGAGACUCAGACGACGAUAUGGAAGCAGCACCAGCUCUCUUAGGUAAAUGCAAGACUUCCAGCUCCAAGAAACAGGAAGACUCAGAGGACAGUGAGAUUGACAUGGAGGAUGAUGAAGACGACGACGAUUUGGAGGACGAGAGCAUUGCUCUCUCACCAGCUAAGCCCAGUCAAAGAGUCCGGAAACCUGAGCCCCUGGAUGAGAGUGACAAUGACUUCUGACCUUCUUGCCAAGGGACCCAGGCAGAUUAAAACCCUCAGAUUUGUAGGUUAUGGGGAAAUUAAAGGGUCAGAAGGAAAUAGGCAUUUUUUUGGAUAAGCCAGCAGGACUCAUUGUUAAUGAAGCAAAACCUGUUUCCGCUUUAGCCUCCUGUGUGUUACUCUACACACUCCAAAGCUUAAACAAGAACCGGAACAACCCAAAGAUGAUUUUUUUUCCUUUAUCUAUCUCCUAGAACUUGGGAAAUGCAUGUGUUCUUAGUGAUUCACAUCCACAGGAAAAAACCUUGACAAAUAACAGCCAACGCUGUGUAAGUCUUCCCUGUUAUUUUUGUCACACUUUUCCUCUAAAAGUCAGCAGGACUUUCGAGUCUAGACCUGGGACAAGAACUGGGCACAGGACUCAUUUCAGGAGUUGUGGGGGAGUGUCUGACUAUUCAUCACAUACAGUUCAGAAUGUUUAUUUUAGAUCAGCUUUUGAUUCUAGCCUUUAUUUUCUUUCUUCUGCAUGCUCAUAAUACCAAGCUUUAAAUGUAUUUUACUAACUAAAAUUUUCUGAAGGAAAGUCAGCUAACUCAGAUGAAAACUAGCUUUCCUUGAAAAUCAGGCAACAGAGAGAUGCUCCAGAUCAUACAUACUCCAUUUUCUCUCAGAAGGCUGACAUUCCUCCUUAGGAAGGAGCAAAUUAAGGAAAAAGUUUUGGUAUGGAUUCAUGUUUCUGACCUAAAAAAAUAAACCAGAAUUGAAUUUGAUAGAAUAGCACUAGAAGAAUUUCCCUUCUGUGAAAGGAGAAGUGACAGAUAGGUGGAGUUUGGUUUUGUCUUGUUAAUACGGAAAGCACAGAGGAGUUUUCAUUUAUUUUCAAUUAUAAAGUCAGAAGACUUGUGAAGUUCUCUCAAUAAAUUUAUUUAGU